GGGAUCGGGGAGGGGGGGGGGGGUUCCGGGGUGGAUCGGGGGGUCCGGGGAGGGAGGGGAUAACGCGGAUCUGCCCGCCCGGGGCUUGCCCGGCACGGCGGGCCCGCCCGCACCAUGGUGUCCUGGAUACUGAGUCGGGCGAUCGUGCUGGUUUUCGGGAUGCUGUACCCAGCCUACGCUUCCUACAAGGCUGUGAAGAGCAAAAAUAUCCGGGAAUAUGUCCGCUGGAUGAUGUACUGGAUCGUCUUCGCGCUCUUCAUGGCCACCGAGACCGUCACCGACCUCCUCAUCUCCUGGUUUCCCUUCUAUUACGAGAUGAAGAUGGCCUUCGUCAUCUGGCUGCUCUCCCCCUACACCCGGGGGGCCAGCCUGCUCUACCGCAAAUUCGUGCACCCCACGCUGUCCCGCAAGGAGAAGGAGAUCGACACCUACAUCAUCCAGGCCAGGGAACGCAGCUACGAAACCGUGGUGCGUUUCGGCAAAAGGGGUCUCAACAUGGCAGCCACCGCCGCCAUCCAAGCGGCCACCAAGAGCCAGGGCGUGCUGGCCGGGCGGCUCCGCAGCUUCAGCAUGCAGGACCUGCGCUCCAUCCCCGACGAAACCCCCCUGCACUACCGGGACCCCCUUUACCUGGAGGAGCAGGAGAGCCACAGGCAGCUGCUGGGUGAGCUUGGCUACAGCGCGCCCGUGGCCGGCCGGCAGUACGAGAGCGAGACGGAGGAUGAGGAGCUGUGGUCGGACUUGCAGGUCUCUCCCAAGCCUUCGCCCCGCGGCCGGGACCACAAACCCCUCUCCCGCAGCCAGAGCCUUCGCUCAGUGAGGAAGACGAUGCCGGGCAAAGAGGGCUCUUCCCGGCUCUUGCGUAGCCGGAUCAGGAAGAAAGCGGCUCCGCCAGAGCAGGACAGCUAAUGGUCCCGGGAAAAUCCUCUGCCGCAAGUCUUAAGAUGAGUUUGCUGCUGAAACAGCGGGGGCAGGGCUGGGGGGGAGCCACGGUUGGUGCCUCCCGGCCCUGGGGAGGGGGCUCUCUCUCCCCCCCCCCCACACCCCGCUUUACACUGUAAAUACCGUCCCUGACCUCUGCGGCCGCACCGGGCACCUCCCUCGCUGAGACAGCUCGGUCCCCACGCUGAUCCCGGCCGUGUCCCCUCCCAGACCCCACUGCUGCAGGUCGGCACCUCUCCCGUGGGGUCUGCCCCCCCUCCCCUUUUCUCCCACCCCGUGAACACUACAGGCUCUGCUGGGCCCCCCCCAGCCCUCUCCUGCUGCCGUCAUGCCUUACCCCCCACAUCCCCUGGGAGAAAGCGAGGGGACGUGCCUUGUCCCAUCUGUCCUCUGAAGCCAAAGACACAGCCCCUGGCCACGGUGUGUCCCCCCCCCCACACACACACCCCAAAGCUGACACCCCCCAUACUUGAAACAGGGGCAGCGAUGCCUGACCCUGCCCUGCCCGACACCGCGUGGCUUUUAACCUUCUCCCCCUCCCAGACGGGGGCUUUUUGUACACG